AUGGCGUACGUUGCCUCAAGAUCACCAUAUGAUCCAUCAAUUCAAAACAUCGAAAGUAAACCUGGUGGCGUGUUCUUUGAUGCUGCAAAGAAAAUACUUGAUUCAGUAUAUGAAAAACCUAAACUGGAAACAAUUCAAGCUUUAUUGCUCCUAUCAUUAUCCGAAUCCAAUAUUUCAAGAAGGGAUAGUAGCUUCAUGUUUUUAGGCAUGGCUGUCUCGAUGUCAAAUUGUUUACAAUUGGAACGUGUGAACGAUUCAUUGUCGUCAGAGGAGAGCGAAGAAAGACGUAGAGUGUUUUAUUGUAUCUAUUGUCGCAACAGAUGGGUCUCCUUCAUUCACGCCAAACCAUACUCGGUUGAUGACAUGGACAUCAACGUACCGCUACCAGAACUACUCAACUUUGAUCAACAAACCAAAAGUUUCUUCAUUGCAUUAAUAAAACUAUCACAUAUCCUGGGCCAAAUAUGGAAGUUCGGCUAUACCACACAUCCAAAAGCCUGUUAUGAACAUUGGCAAAGUCACGUAGCUGAUCCAAAAAGUAUGUUGAGACAAAUCAGAUCUGCCUUGGCAAAAUGGUUGAAAGAAUUGCCGGACGAAUUACAGUAUCAGUAUUUGCCAGAUGCAGAUCCAGGAAGCCUUUUACACUUAUCCAGUUUCUCGGUGUUUUCUGGUUAUAUCAACAUUCUUUUCCACACUUGUCUCUUGUUAUUGCAUCAACCUUACCUCACAAAUUCAUCACCACUGUCAUUAUCAUCGAAAACAAAUGCUCAACAAACAAAAUACCAUAAUUACAAUCCCUACCAAUUUUAUAAUCCUGCCUUUGGAGCUUCCAAUAAAUAUGUUACAUCAUCGUCUCAAUUUAACAAUGUGCCAAUUAAAACUUGUUUAACAGCUGCAACAACCAUAACCGACAUAUCCAGAACAACAAGAAAAUUCGAUAAAACAGCGUUUUGUAAUUUCAUAUUUCCAGUUUAUGGUAUCUUACAAGCAGUUAUGCUCGAAUCUGUUAUAAUUAGUAAUGGGACAAUUGGUUCGACGGCCGAGUAUGCACAAGAAGCAAAAAAGGUGCUAAAUGACACAUUUGAAGAGUUAAAAUGUGUAGGAAAGGCUAUUAAUGUUGCUGAAAUGACGGAUGUUAUUAAAGAGGUGGAAAGAAUUUUGACGCUUACUAAUACAAAUGAUUUCACUAUACCUCUUCCAUUCCUAAUUCAACUUUUAGAAUUCCAAUCUAAUC